AUGGGCGAGGGAGUGGUAAUGGGAGCUAUCUGACUUGGGCAAAAGCAGACUAGAAGCUGACAGAAGACAGAGGGCGGGGCAGUUCGGAGGAGGAGGCGGGGCCAGGAGUAGGGCUAGAGGGCAGACGGAAAAGGGAGGGUGGCCGCCGGAAAAGGAGGAGCCAAGAGAGGAGGGCUGGUCUCUAUCUCUCACAAUUGGGUAAAAGCCGCGCUGUCCUCUCCUCUGCACCGACUCUGUCCUGCGGAACCAUGGCCAGCCCGCUGCGCUCCUUGAUGCUACUGCUGGCCGUCCUGGCCGUGGCCUGGGCCGGAACCUCCAGGCCACCCCCGCGAUUGUUGGGAGCUCCGCAGGAGGCAGAUGCCAGCGAGGAGGGCGUGCAGCGAGCGUUGGACUUCGCCGUAAGCGAGUACAACAAGGGCAGCAACGAUGCGUACCACAGCCGCGCCAUACAGGUGGUGAGAGCUCGUAAGCAGCUUGUGGCUGGAAUAAACUAUUAUUUGGAUGUGGAGAUGGGCCGAACUACAUGUACCAAGUCCCAGACAAAUUUGACUAACUGUCCUUUCCACGACCAGCCCCAUCUGAUGAGGGUAUGUACUUGUUAUUGUCCUAAGGGCAAUCAUACGGGCAACGGUUUUGAUAAGUAUUACAUUGUGUGGGGGAAGUGCAUGAGUAGGGAAUGGUGGUUCAUGAAUGGAUACAGGUGAAUGUUGGGCACAUGUAUGUUCAUGCCAAUGCAAUGUGUGUGCCCAUGUAGGGGAAGGGUUUAUGUACACAUGAUUAAUUUAAUUGCCAAAUGAAUUUAUCCUGGGAAUUGGGGUAUUGAUGUACAGUUAUCCCUACUGAACUAGAGGCAACUACAAGUACUCUUGCUGGGGAGAAAGGCUCUGUUUAAUCCUAACUGGGGCCACCUGCCGAGACCACAUGAAAGGGAACAGAACCUAUUUAAUGGUUGACAUCUUCCAUGUCUCUUCUGCCUUGACUGCAGGCUUUCUGUGGUGUAACUGAUUCCUGUGACACCAUGGUUGUGGUGAUAGCUCCAUUUCCCUUAUCACCCUUCCCUCUACCUUGCCACUUUUAGAGGUGUGUCCCAUGCCUGUGCUUCUUUCCUGGUGCCCCUCUUACUACUUAGGUAGAGGGCUCAUGGGCCCUGAGCCUUUUCCACUGCUUUGAUCUCUAGGGCUCCGACACCUUCACAAGCUGUGCUGGGGGUGAAGACUAUGGUCUUGUGGAGCCAGGAAAGGGGACACAUGCCAUCCAGUAAUAGACAUGAACACACCUGGGACUCAGAAGGGGGAAGGUGUUUCGUUUUCGUCAUUGCGUACACCUGUCCCACUGUCCUGGCAUAGGUACUUGUCUUAGCUAUAGCAUCUCGCUGAUUGUUCUUCUUUGUUCCCUUUUGCAGAAGGCACUCUGCUCCUUCCAGAUCUACAGCGUGCCCUGGAAAGGCACACACACCCUGACAAAAUCCAGCUGCAAAAAUGCCUAAGAGCUGAGUCUCAUAGGACCAUGCCAAUGGUCCCUUACUUGUUCCCCUACCCUGUAGUGUUUUAUCCCUGAGAAGGGUGCUCCAGCUCUGGAGGGCAUCUCCGGGGUGUUCCCACCAGGAGACAGUAAAGAAGCUGCUGCAGGCAGGUUCUGCACGUCAGAACAGCUGUCCCCUGGUUCUCUUCUCCUUGCAGUACCUGUCAUACCUUGCUCUUGCUCAAUUAAAAAAUUUAAAAAAUGA